AAAUUUUCGGGUGAACCGUCGUUGCGUGCGGACGUGUUUUUUAUCACUCUCGGAUUUCGAAUAUUUGCUAAUGGGUUCCAUAACUUUAUUAGUGUCAAAAAGAUUACUUAAACUUAAUGAAGCUUUGUCUAUGUUCGUGCAUAAUUUUUGAGACCGUGACUCUUGUAUAUUAUAAGCAAAUAACGAAAAGAGACGUUCCUAUUAAAAAUGCCUUGCUGCUGUAACCAUAAAGUUGAGCGUUCGCAACCAAAAAUCCAGUGCGCAAAGUGCAAUGAACUAUUUCAUUUGGAAUGUGUGAAUAUUUUGCCGGCAGACGCUGAGUUCCUGCUUAACUCAGAGAGGCCUUUUCUGUGCAAAUGCUCGGCGAUAUUCUAUUCGCUCCCCGCCUCCUCCUGUUAUUCUUAACGAGAGUGUUGUUGCUACUAAUGCCAUUGCUUCGGAUUCCUCUAGCAAAGAAAUCGGUGCCCAUCGUAAUAACAACCUCCCACAGCAGCACAAAGCUCCUAAAAGUGCCUUGCCUAACCAGCUAACUAGUACAGCAAUAAGUGAUACCACUAGUGAGUCCAACAACAAGCAGCAGGUAUCAUUGGUUUCGAUUUUCAAUGCAAUCGUCUCUCUACGUGCUGAGAAUGCUCGUAUGCAUAAUCUCAUUUCAACUCUUCAUGAAAAUAAUAAUAAAUUAACAAACAAGGCGGACAGCAUGCAUUCGGAUCUCUUACAUAUGCAGCGUAGCCUUCGGGAAAAAGAUGAUGCUAUAAAAUCACUCACAAUGGAAAUCAAAGAUCUACGUGCUACUGUUAGUGCUGCUUUUGUGAAGGUACGUAGCCAAAAAGAAGCGAAUUACGAAAAUGGUGCACUUAUUGAUGUUAGUACCACUAACAAUUCUGCGAUCAUGUCGCGCAUGGAAGCCAAAACUAAGGCUAAAUCCUCUGUAGUUGCUAAUAAUGCCCUCGCUGUCUCUACUGUUGUCUCUGGUGCUUCUGAUAAAAAUGUGUACACUCAUGCUGGCUCGGUGCUGCCAACGAAUGUUACACACACUUCCACAUAUACUGAAAUGCCUGCUGUCUCUGUUGCCGCUGGUACUGCUGUUAAAAAUGUGUAUACUCAUGCCGGUUCGGCGUUGCCAAUGAACGCUGCGCACACACACACAUAUGCUGAUAUGUUAAAGACGACUGCUGAUAUCUCGACAGCGAAUGUUACACACUCGUUGGCGCCUGCUGUUAGCUCUGCAGAGAUCAAAAAUGCACAGUGGUCUACUGUUAAGAAUAAAAGGGGUAAAAAACCAGUAAGGGUUGUUGGUACAAACAUUAGCAAAGACUUGGACGUGGCUGUCCGAUAUAAGUGGUUACAUCUAGCGUCGUUCUCGCCAUCUGUUUCGGAAGAAAAUAUAAUAAACUAUGUUUCCAAUCAGGCGGGUUUGAACAAAGAUAUAUUAGUAUGCUAUAAACUAGUUAAAAAAGAUGUGGAAAUUUCAAGUCUAAAGCGUGUAAACUUCAAGCUGGGAGUGCCGGAGACAAUGUUUUCGAAUUUGCUUAGUUCGGAAAUCUGGCCCACUAACGUGACGGUCAAACCUUUUCGGUUUUUUCCAAAGGACCAACAACAGCCGCUUCAGACAUAGUUAAUUCUCCUCCUUUUGCUAAUAGCUUAAGGGUAUAUUUCCAAAAUAUGUCUGGCAUGCGAACAAAAGCUGAUAUCGUGCAUUCUUUUACUGCGCAGAUGGAUUACGACGUCUAUGUACUUGUUGAGACGUGGUUAACCUCAAACUUUUUUGAUGCUGAAUUCUUCGAUGCUAACCUCUUCAACGUCUUUCGUAAAGACAGGGAUGCUGUAAAAACUGGUUGCCAAAGAGGUGGCGGUGUAAUCGUUGCUGUCAAGCGCGAACUACGCGCGCUCCUGAUCUCUCUAGCUAAUGAUGAUUCACUUCUGGAUCAACUUUGCGUCAAUAUUAGUGGCAACUCUUCAAAAGAAUCCCUGUAUGUAGUAACCUCAUAUAUACCACCAGGAAGCUCAUAUGAGUUAUACAAAGCACAUGCUGAUAACAUUUCAUCAUUAGUUUUAAAUAAUUUGCGUGAUAACCAUUUAUGUGUUCUGGGAGAUUUUAAUUUAUCCAAUAUUAAUUGGGUUAGCAGUGAGUCAUGCCCUAGUCUCAUAGCUCAUAAUAUGGUUGCCAAUCAUGAACUAUAUUUAGUAGAUAGUAUUUUGAGUCUUAACUUGAAGCAAAUUAAUAGUUUUGCUAACGAAUUAAACAGAAUAUUAGAUCUUAUUUUUGUCAGUGAUAACUUGAAUUACCGAAUUUGCGACUGUAUUAACCCAAUUACAGCUACGGAUAAACAUCAUAUUCCACUAGUUAUAAAGUUAGACUUUUAUUGUUUUUCCGCUAUUAAGGACAACAAAUUGUCAUUUAAUUACUCAUUAUGCGAUUUUUUUAGUUUUAAUGAACUAUUGUCGAACAUUAACUGGGAUGAUUUGUUUACUAACCUAGACACUGCAUACUGUUUUUCUAUAUUUAAGUCAAUCUUAUAUGAACUCUGCCUGGAUAAAAUACCGGUUAAAAAGAAAAAGCCUUAUAAAUUGCCCUGGUAUUCAAAAGACUUAAAAAAGCUAAAAAACCUUAAAAACAAAUUCUAUAAAAAAUUUAAAACUUCCGGAAAUCAUGUUUACUUCGUUAAGUAUCAGCAUUACUUAAAGAAGAUUGAUUCUUUAAAUAAGACUCUUUAUAGUAACUAUGUUCGUGACACUGAGUUGAAUAUUAAAUCUAACCCCAAAUUGUUCUGGAACUACGUGAAAUCUAAGAAAGGAUGCUCCAGCUUACCCACAGGAAUAUUUCUUGGUGAUAAAGCUGCGGAGACGCCAAGUGAUGCCGCAAAUUUGUUUGCUGAAUAUUUUGGGUCGAAUUUCGUUCAGAAUGACGUUACAUCUGCAGAAUUUUCUAAUAUCUCCUCGUCUCUCAACUUUGGCUCAUUAAUUCUCUCAUCUGAAGACAUAAGUAAUGGUAUAAUUAAACUAAGACCCUCUACACAUGUGGAUGUUGAUGGCCUAUCUGCAACUUUAAUCAAAAAUUGUCCAGCAUUAGUUUAUCCCUUGAAGUUAAUUUUUAAUAAAUCAUUAUCUUCAGGUACUUUUAUUGAUGAUUGGAAGCUUACGACGGUAAUGCCCGUUUUUAAAAAUGGUAACAGAAGUGACGUACGUAAUUAUAGACCUAUUUCUAAGCUUUCCGCUAUUUCGAAAAUCUUUGAACACACAGUCAAUGCCAAAUUGAAUUUUGCAGUUAAAUCUAUUAUCUCCCCAUAUCAGCAUGGGUUUGUCGCUGGUAGAUCUACUGUCUCCAAUCUCGCUGUUUUCAGUGAAUAUUGUUUCGAGUCUUUUUCGUUAGGUUUUCAAGUUGACUGUAUUUAUACAGACUUCUCAAAAGCGUUUGACAGAGUGUCACAUAGUAUAUUAAUUCAAAAGCUUGCUUGCAUUGGCUUUCAUUCUAUUUUUCUGCGUUGGUUGGAGUCGUACUUGUGUAACAGACGGUGUGUUGUCUCAAUUGACGGGGCUACUUCUUGCCCGUUCGUUCCAUCUUCUGGAGUGCCACAGGGUAGUGUCUUAGGUCCACUUCUUUUUAUACUUUUCAUCAAUGACAUUAGUAGUUGUUUUUCUUUUGCAAAAUUUCUGCUUUAUGCGGACGAUUUAAAAGUUUUCUCUGUAAUUAAAAACACAUCUGAUGCAAUUAGGCUCCAAGAUGAUAUUGAUAAGCUUCAUUUGUGGUGUCUGAAGUCACGCCUUUCCUUGAACAUUAGUAAAUGUUUUCAACUAACGUACUCUAAAAUAUCCAAUUCUCUGCUUACCAGCUAUCAUAUAUCGGCUAAUGAUCUAAAUCGUGCAGAUGAGAUAAAAGACCUUGGCGUAGUGUUCGAUGAUCGAUUUUCUUUCAAUAAACACAUUAGCUAUGUAACUGCAAAGGCGUAUUCUGUUCUAGGCUUUGUAAGACGCAAUGCCUCAAAAUUCUCGGAUCCUUAUACAUUCAAGUUACUGUAUUCGUCAUUUGUUCGGUCACAUCUCGAAUAUGCGGUUUUUAUUUGGAGGCCGUAUAAUCAGAAUGCUAUAAACAGGGUUGAACGUGUUCAAAAAAUUUUUCUCAAGUUUGCUCUUCGCUGUCUGAACUUUUCAGACCCCGUGCCGUCAUAUUCUUCACGUCUUAUGCUUCUGAAUCUCAAGUCCUUAGAAAGUCGCAGGUCUGUCUUAUGUCUUUCGUUUACAUAUAAUAUUAUUAAAGGUAUUGUUGAUUGUCCGUUUUUGUUAGAGAGGAUAAGAUUUAAUGUCCCCAGGCGAUCCCUUAGAAAUUUCCUUCCGUUUUAUGGUUGUAAUGUUAGAACCCAAUACGCCAGUAAUGCCCCGAUUUAUCGCGCCAUUCGUGAAUUUAAUGCCAUGAAUAAUGUAGUCGAGGUAGACUUUUCAAUCCCAAAGACAGCUUUUUUAAAUCUUUUGAAUUCCUAUUUUUAGCUUUAUGAA